AAAGCUGAAUAUGUCAAGAAGAUGCAUGAGCGUGUGAAGGCUCAAAUUGAGAGAAAGAAUGAGAGUUAUGCUAGGCAAGCUAACAAGGGAAGAAAGGAGGUGGUGUUCCAACCCGGAGAUUGGGUUUGGGUGCACAUGAGGAAGGAAAGGUUUCCAGAACAAAGGAAAUCCAAACUCCAACCUAGAGGGGAUGGACCUUUUCAAGUGCUUGAGAGAAUCAAUAACAAUGCCUACAAAAUAGAGCUUCCAGAGGGAGGGAAUGAUGAGGACAAGGACAAGGACAAAGGUCAUGGAGCACUAAAAGGACUUGGAGGACCAAUGACUAGGGCAAGGGCUAAAAGGGCCAAGGAAGCACUUCAACAGAUGAUAGCAUUAGCUCUUGAGGAAGGAACCAAUGUGCACGAACUUGAGCCCAAAUUGGUGAAUUUCCUCAUGAACUAUGAAGAGGAAGUCGUCCAAGAUCAGCCCAAUUAAUUGGAGCUGAGUUCGAAUUUUAUUUCUAGUUUUUUUUUUCAAUCCAAUAAGUCCCUAAUACACCAAGGAUGCAUUAGCAAUUAAUGGACCUGAAGUGGAGGCAUGUGGGGCGUGAAUAAGAAGGCUUUAAGGGAGGAAUAUUCCAAGUUUGCAUCAGCUCUUGAUGGCUGAAGUAAAACUCCAAGAAUCUCUUUCAAUUGAAGUUAAUUUCCUGUUUUUGUUUAAUGUAAUGAGAGAAAGUUUAGGGGCUGUUACAAGCUGAGCUUGACCAGCUCAUUAGGAGUUUUUAUUUGAAUUUUCAGCUCAGAAUUGGAUGUUAAAACUCCAUAAUUAGUCAUUAAUUGGAGUUAAGAUCAUGUCUCACCUUUGUAAUUCAAAACAAAGCCAAACUCUUUUAAAAGGGAGGGACGGCCAAGCAUGGAGAUCAUGAAUGAAUAAGAUUAUUUUUUCUGAGUUAGUUCAGUUUGUUGAGAGUGAUUCUCAUAUCCC